UCAAAUCAAAACAAAACACAAUUUCCUAGUAAAACAAAGCCAUCUAGCAAAUUAUACAACAAUGGCUGCUAUCAACAAUUGCUCAAUCCUCUUCGUGAUCAUAGCAUUAUUUUCAUUAUCAAGCAUCACCACAACCCGUGCUGCUCGUAGCCUACUGCAACUUCCAAAUUUGCCUACGAUCCCCUCGUUGCCUCGGCCAACAAUGCCACAAUUACCCACUAUUCCCAAUUUUCCAACAGCAGCCACAUUGCCACCAUUGCCAAGUGUUACAUCUUUGCCAACACUUCCAACAGCUAAUACACCAUUGCCAUCGUUGCCCACAUUGCCCUCUGUCCCGAAAAUGACUCUGCCUCCAAUGCCAGCCAUGAAUCCUCUGCCCAACAUGCCAUCACUUCCGAACAUUCCCACAAUUCCAACCAUUCCAACAUUUUCACCUCCUCCAUCCAACUAAUUUCGCGGCUUCCAACAUUUUACCUGUCUUACCCCCAUUGGUCUCUACCGUUUGAUGUUGUUUAUCUUCUUUUUUUUUCGUUUGUCCUCUUAGUCUUCUUCAUUUGUAAACGAAACGAUGUAUCUUAUCAUUUGUACUCUAUGAGUGUUGUGUGUUGAUUAUCCAGAAAAAAACUUGGUAUUAAUAUGAUGCAGUGUCUAUUUUUCAGUUGUA